CAUCCUCAGAGCAGGAGAGAUCCGUGUUCAGGGGAAGUGUCGCUCGGUGUUUCCCGGUGCUGCCAGCGGGAUGCAGCAUUGGACGCGUUUUCCCGGAGCGAGCGGAGCACCGAAACCGGAAGCUCCGGAGAGAGAGAGAGAGAGAGAGAGAGAGAAGCGGGCGAACCAACCCGGGACCGAGUAAAGUGCCCCGCUGCCUCCAACGCACUACAGACGAUCCGCCGGGCGCAGACACUCUUACCGGAACACGGCGAUCGCCGCACCUUACCGCCACCGAGCUCACACCGCGCCGCUUCAGCUCAGCCAGCCGUGUGCGUGUCGUGAAGGAGAAUAAUCGCACUUUGUGAACGCGUUCGACCUGCGGCGCACCUGCGCGUCCCCGGAAGACAUGGACGGAUCACCGGGGACCGAAACCGACAGGAGUUCCGCGCUCCGCACCGGAAGACGAAGAUCCGACGCUCUGCUCGCCGUCAUCUUCAUCAUGAGUCUCGAAGUCUUCAUCAUCCAGGCGUCUUCGCUUCAGUUCUCCGAGGAGCCCCAGUCUCAGGAUGCGUUACACGGCCGCAGUGCUAUCCUGCGCUGUGAGCUCAGCGGCCCGGAGGACAUGCGGUUCUGGUGGACGCAGGACGGCCGGCGUGUGAACGACUCGGACCGGCGCUUUCAGGAGGGCAGUAACCUGAAGUUCACGGCGGUGGACCGUCACGCAGACACAGGCAGCUUCCAGUGUGUAGCGUCCAGUAACACCACCGGAGAGACCCUGAGCUCCGCCAGCGCCUCCUUCAACAUCAAAUGGCUGGAGAGGGGGCCGGUCACCAUGAAUGAACCCGCCUCAGAGGCGGAGCUAGAGGAGGCUGAGCGAAUCGUACUGCAGUGUCACAUUGAUGGACAUCCACGGCCGAGCCUGGACAGAAAGGACCGGAUCCUCAUGCUGACCAACCUCAGCACAGGGGAUUCUGGGAUAUACUCCUGCUGUGCUCAAAAUGCUGCAGGAAAAGUGUGCAGUAACCACAACAUCACCCUCAAUAUCAUCGAUAAGUCUGUUCCCCGUGUGCUGGUGGCUCCGGUGGAUCAGGUGGUUCUGGGUAACGAGGAGGCCGUGUUUCACUGUCAGUUCAGAGCCAAGCCGCCGCCGCUGGUCGAGUGGUUCCACGACGCAGAACCCGUCGUCAACAAAUCAAGGGUCGUGGUGUACGCUAACGGCACACUGCACAUCGCUCAGGUGAAGCAGCGCAGCACAGGUGUGUAUAAAUGCGUGGCUCAGUAUGGAGAAAAACAAGUACAUGUGGAGGCGGCGCUCAGGAUCGCAGAGAUCGCAGACAUGGGCGAGCGCAUGUUCCAGGUUUUCACGGCGGGCCGCAGUGAGCGUGUGCGCUGUGUUCCACCGCGGGGUCAGCCGGAGCCGGACGUGUGGUGGGAGCGCGCGGGAGCUCGAGUGGCGUCUGAGGGUCGAGUCCAUCAGCUGAACGGAGAUCUGAUCUUCAGCCCCACGGACGGAUCAGACUCGGGCGUCUACACAUGUGUCGCCCGCAACAAAGCAGGACAGAAGCAGCAGGAGCUCGUGGUCACUGUAGCCACCUCUCCAGAAUGGAUCGUUCAGCCGCAGGACACACACGUUGAGGAGGGUCAGCCGGGUUUCCUGCACUGUCACGCACGGGGCACGCCUGAACCACGGGUCACAUGGUACCGCAAGAGCGUCCCGAUCAGUGAGGAGGGCUCUCGUUAUAAGCUCUUCUCUAACGGGACGCUGAGGAUCAACAGCGCAGAGGUGAAGGACGCUCAGACGUACAGCUGUGUGUGUGUGACGGAGGCCGGAUCGCUCACCGGACACGCGCAGGUUCUCAUACUGGAGAAGCUGAAGUUCAAGCCCGUCCCGCAGUCGUCGCAGUGUCUGCAGCUGGACAGAGAGAGCAGCGUCAGCUGUGUGGCUACAGGACGAGAGACGCCCAUCAUACACUGGAGCAGAGCAGACGGCGCUGAUCUCCCGUCUCACGUGAGUCAGAUGGACGGAGUUCUUCACUUCAGUACAGUGACCCGCGCCGAUGCAGGAAACUACACGUGUGUGGCGUCCAGCAGCGCGCAGGGAGAGAUACGAGCUCACGUCCAUCUCACUGUAGGAGUUCACGUGGAGUUUAAGCUGGAGCCGGAGCAGACCACAGUCUAUCAGGGUCACACAGCCGUGUUUCACUGUCAGGCGUCAGGUGACCCGCAGCCGUACGUCCAGUGGAUGCUCAAAGACAAACUACUGAGCAGCAGCAGCUCCAGCAGGUUCCAGAAGAUGCCCAACGGCUCUCUGGUCAUUAGUGAUGUGACCACAGACGACACGGGUGUGUACACCUGCAUCGCAGGAAACACCUGCAACAUCAGAGACACAGCAGCGCAGCUCUAUGUUGUGGAGAAGCCUGUGCAUCCACGCAGUGAAGACGAGGAUAAGAGUCAGUUUAAGAUGUUCCAGACCAUCGCUCUGUCGGUGGCAGUGGCCGUGGCGUACAUCAUCGCUGUGCUGGGACUGAUGUUCUACUGCAAACAGAGACGCAAGAACAAGCGGCUGCAGAAGAACCGCGCCGGAGAAGAGCCCGAGACGGAGUGUCUGAACGGUGUUCAGCUGAACGGACACAGGACGUCUGAGAUCCAGGAGGAAGUGGCUUUAACCAGCGUGGGACCUUCAGCAAACUCAGAGAAACAGAAGAGCUGCAGUGACAAGCUGCACUUUAACAGAGCGCACCUGCAGACCAUCACCACACUGGGUACUAAUGAAUUUGGAUUUGUGUUUAUGUGUAAAGCGAGGGCGAUAGAGGAGGCCGAGCCGGAGACGCUGGUGCUGGUUAAGAGUUUAGAGAGCCGAGAGGAGACGCACCGAGCUGAGUUCAGACGAGAGCUGGAGAUGUUCAGCAAACUCAAUCACGCUCACGUCGUACGUCUGCUGGGGGUCUGCAGAGAAACCCAUCCUCAUUACAUGAUCCUGGAAUACGUGGAUCUGGGAGAUCUCAAACAGUUCCUCCGAAUAUCAAAAAGCAGCGAUGAGAAACUCAAGCCGCAUCCCAUCAGCACUAGAACUAAAGUCUCCAUCUGUGCUCAGGUGGCUCGUGGGAUGCAGCAUUUAUCAGACAGGGGUUUUGUGCACAAAGACCUGGCGGCCAGGAACUGUCUGAUCAGCGGACAGAGACACGUGAAGGUGUCUGCGCUCAGUCUGAGUAAAGACGUCUAUAACAGCGAGUACUAUCAGCACAGGCAGGUGUGGAUCCCGCUGCGCUGGCUGUCGUCUGAGAGUGUGUUUGAGGGAGAGUUCUGCAGUAAGUCAGACGUCUGGGCGUUCGGGGUGCUGAUGUGGGAGGUGUUCAGUCUGGGCGAGCUGCCGUACCCCACUCUCAGUGACCAGCAGGUGCUGGAAGGUCUCCAGGCUGGUACGCUGCGUUUGUCUCCUCCAGUGAACUGUCCUGCUCACGUCUGCAGUCUGAUGAGCCGCUGCUGGGCGUCCAGCCCUAAAGAACGGCCCACGUUCAGCGAGAUCCUUCAGACUCUGACUGAUUCCUCCACAGACACCAAAGUCUAGAGGAUCACGACUGCAAUCAGAGACUCAAUCACACACAUUUCAGGCGUGAGAGUCUGCUCCGAGACUCGCUUCUGUCCCAAUAAUUAUCUGUUUACACUAAUGUAGAAGCUCCUUCCUCUCGCUGGAGCCUCAGGGACCCCGAGGAUGACCUCUGACCUCUGCAGCGCAGGACAAUCGCAGAUCCAUCAGGUUACAGACGCAGGAUGAGGUGCUGCACACACAUGAUGCUGGAAUCACGUCACGCACUGGAGUCAGCCGUGUGUACAGAGUGUGUGUGUUUUUACAGGAUGAUGUCGUGUCACGAAACACAUCGUUAGUGGAAUUCAGUCACUUGUAUUUGGGAAACUGAGACUAAUGAUGAAGUUAGAGACUGACAAACAAAGCUAUAGUACGAUUAACAAAUAUUCACUAAUUAACGUGUGUGUGUGUGUGUGUGUGU